CGUAAUUUCGCAGAACACUUGGUGCAAAGAGAAGCCGCGGAUUUGAUUUUUUCGCAGCUAGGAAGCUAGUGCGUACAGUGUAGUACACACGUUUGUCUGUCUUUAGAAAUGACACACUUUUGAUAAUUAUAACACCAACUUUUAAAACAAUAAAAAUGAAUCUUGACAGACUUAGAAAGCGAGUACGGCAUUACAUUGACCAGCAACAAUAUCAAAGUGCUCUGUUUUGGGCCGACAAGAUAGCAUCCCUUUCUCACGAGGAUCCACAGGAUAUCUACUGGCUAGCUCAGUGCCUUUACUUAACCUCACAGUACCACAGAGCCUCACAUGCCCUCCGUUCACGAAAACUUGACAAGUUGUAUGGAGCUUGUCAGUAUCUUGCUGCUAGGUGCCAUUAUGCUGCCAAAGAGUUCCAGCAGGCCUUGGAUAUCUUAGAUGCAGAGGAAACAGAUAAUAGUAAACUGCUGGACAGAGGUGGAAAGGAGGACAACGGCACAGACUCAACAAAGGACUGGGAUAUGUCCCCUGCCUCUAUCAGCAGCUCCAUCUGCCUCCUGCGGGGUAAGAUCUAUGAUGCCAUGGACAACAGGCCACUGGCCACCUCCAGCUACAAAGAGGCCUUGAAACUAGAUGUGUACUGCUUUGAAGCCUUUGACCUUCUAACGGCCCAUCACAUGUUGACUGCACAGGAAGAAAAAGAAUUCCUUGACUCGCUUCCUUUGAGUCAGCAGUGCACUGACGGGGAGGAGGAGUUGUUACACUUCCUUUUUGAGAAUAAGUUAAAGAAGUAUAACAAGCCCAGUGAUUUGGUGGUGCCAGACAUGGUCGAAGGUCUUCAGGACAACUUGGAUGUAGUGGUGUCUCUUGCUGAGAGGCAUUAUUAUAACUGUGAUUUCAAGAUGUGCUACAAACUCACGUCAACAGUGAUGGUAAAAGACCCCUUCCAUGCCAACUGUUUACCAGUUCACAUAGGAACAUUAGUAGAGCUUGGAAAAGCAAAUGAGUUGUUUUAUCUCUCACACAAACUGGUAGAUUUGUAUCCCAACAAUCCUGUGUCCUGGUUUGCUGUCGGGUGCUACUAUCUCAUGGUUGGCCACAAAAACGAACACGCUCGGCGAUACCUUAGCAAAGCCACCACCCUGGAGAGAACUUAUGGUCCGGCAUGGAUAGCCUACGGUCACUCAUUUGCAGUGGAGAGCGAGCAUGACCAAGCCAUGGCUGCCUACUUCACCGCUGCCCAGCUGAUGAAAGGGUGUCACUUACCCAUGCUUUACAUUGGACUGGAGUACGGUCUAACCAACAACUCCAAGCUGGCAGAACGUUUCUUCAGUCAGGCUCUUAGUAUCGCUCCAGAGGACCCAUUCGUCAUACAUGAAGUGGCAGUGGUUGCAUUUCAAAAUGGAGACUGGAAGACAGCUGAGAGGUUAUUUCUUGAUGCUAUGGAGAAGAUCAAAGCCAUUGGAAAUGAGGUUACCGUGGACAAGUGGGAGCCCCUGUUAAACAACUUGGGUCAUGUGUGUCGGAAACUAAAGAAAUACGACCAGGCUCUGGAGUACCACCGUCAAGCACUGGUGUUGAUUCCACAGCAUGCCUCCACCUAUACUGCCAUAGGAUAUGUGCACACACUCAUGGGUGACUUUGAAAGUGCUAUUGACUACUUUCACACAGCACUUGGGCUGAAAAGGGAUGACACUUUCUCUGUGACAAUGCUUGGCCACUGUAUUGAGAUGUACAUCGGUGACACGGAUGCCUUCAUUGGCACAGACAUCGAUGACAAGGUGAGAGGCAACCUGAGCGCUCCAGCACUGAUGAAGAUGUUGAACGCAGCUGAGCCUGCUGACAGUCUGGCUUCACCCAAGUUGGAAGAGACUAACACGUCGUCAUUGGAAACACCAGUGUCCAAUCAGGACAAGAUGAUGCUGGAGACGCCUCUUCGACUCUCAUUAACCCUGGAGUGUGAUAUGUAUGAGAGCGACAUGAUGUUGGACACCUUAUCAGACACCAGCACGUGAUCUAAUCUCGUCAGGAAGGAACUGUUUGUAAUAACGGGUUGUCUUAAGUACACAUAUCCAAGCCCAGGGACAACAUCCAAAACCACAGCUUUAUUAGCUGUCCCUCCUCUAUGUCUAUUCCCCCUGUUGUGCAUUUUAUGGCUUUCUUAAAAAUGACAAACAAAAUAUAAACUUAGGCCUAUUUUGAAAAUGGAUGUGUGUGAAUUUAUAUACAGCAUUUGCUGUGUAGCAUAUUAUUUUUGCAACACUGCACUUUAAAGGGGGAAAAUGACAUGAUCGUGUGUGGGACUGGGUAUUUUUUCCUUGGGUUUAAACACUGAAUAAAUGUGGCAGACUGACCCUUGUUUGAACAGAGCAAACACAGCCACACCACACAUUUAAAGGCUACCCUAUAGUCAACACCUACUGCCUGUGGCAGGAUUUUUCAGUUUACUUAACCUGUGGAUUUUCACCGUGAAUAAGGAGCCAGCUAAUGAGCAGUUUUGGUGGAAAAACAUUUUUCUUUUGGCUAUUCCUCUAAUAAACCAUGUAUACAUCUUAAAUAUUUUGAAUUGUUUUUAUUCUAAGAAUAAAGUGUUUGAUUUAUGAACAUUUUUAAAAAAUUGCCGUGAAAAUAAGACUUAAGUCGA